AUGAAAAGAGUAUGGACUGAUUCACCAAUAAUAAAAUAUAUAUUACAUUUACCUCCAUCACCUAAUCAAAUUCUUAAUAAUGAACUUAAUUCUAUUGGUAAUCAAGAUUUAAUUGAAUCAAUAGAACUAUUUAAUGAAUUAGCUGCUUAUUAUGCUCAAACGGCAAUUAAAGAUCUUGAUUUUAAUCAACAACAUCAUCCAUUAUUAAGUGCAUGUCGUUCUCUUGCUUCAACUUUACAUUCAGAACAAGUAACAUGGCAUUCAACACAACUUCGUCUUAUUCAAUUAAUUGAACGUUUUCCUCGUUUAAAACCAUUUUUAAUAGCAUUAAACAAAUAUGGUUCACAUUUAAAAGAUAUUCUUAGUGGAGAAAAAAAUGGAUUAGAUAUAUUUGUUGGUGAUGAUGAAAUUGAACAAAUUUUUCAACAAAUUGAAACUCUUAUAAGUGCAACUAAAACACGACAAAUUUUUCAUUCGAUUUAUGUUUUACCUAUUCUUGAUUUUUUUCUUAAUUUAUCACAACAAACAUGUUUAUUGAUUGAUUUACAUUAUGCAGAUUCUGAUCCAAUACAACUUGCAAAUGCUCAACAAACAUUUAAUACACAUAUAAAUAAUCAAACAACUGAUUUAUAUGAUAGUAAAACACUUAAAAAAAUACCAUUAGAAUCAUUUGAUAUUAUAAUAUCUGCACAUCAACUUCUAGGAAAUCAAGAUUUGACAAAAAAAAAUUCUUUAAUGGCUCUUCGUCGUUUACUUGUUCCUAAUGGUCUUCUUUUAUUACUUGAAUUAGUUCGUGUUCCACUUUAUUCUGAUCUUAUUUUUGGUUUUAUUGAUCAAUGGUGUUCGUCUGAUAAUGUUGAUAAUAAUAAUCAUGCUUUAAAUAGUAUUCAACAAUGA